GUUCGUUCACACUUUUCACCGGUACUGUGCAACACUGUAAAUAAGUGCAAAAAAGAUUUUUAUAGCCAACGUGAUAAAAUUUAGCCUAUUUUCGUGGGAUAAACGAGCCGGAAAAGGCCGUCAAGAGAAUAUUAUCAGCAGCCGGCAAUAGUCGGCUAAGAAAACACAAAGGAGGAAAUCUUGAGAGACACAGGAAUAGCAGAGGAUCACCGUAGAGAUCAUCAUGCCACGAGGAAAGUUCGUCAAUCACAAGGGUCGCAGUCGCCAUUUCACAUCGCCCGAGGAAUUGCAACAGGAAUCAGAGGAGGAUAGCGAUCAAACUAGCGGCUCGGGUUCCGAAAGUGAGGAUAAGGCUGGUGGCAGUGCCGGAGCAAGUUCAUCCAAAGCCAAGGCGCCCGCACCACGAAAACCUCCAGUGAAUCGCAAUCAGAAAGCUAGAUCAGCGGCAGGCGCAGCUAGCUCUUCGGAAUCGGAGUCUGGUGAAGAUUCCGAAGAUGAUUCCGAAUCUGAAGCCCGCGAUGCCAAAAAGGGUGUGGCCUCGCUCAUCGAAAUCGAGAAUCCCAAUCGGGUGACCAAGAAGGCAACACAAAAGCUAUCGGCCAUUAAAUUGGAUGACGGACCCGGUACUGAUGGCAAGGGCAGUGCCAAACCGGAAUUAUCUCGCCGGGAACGUGAACAAAUUGAGAAACAAAAAGCGCGCCAGCGUUAUGAGAAACUCCAUGCCGCUGGCAAGACCACCGAGGCUAAGGCCGAUUUGGCCAGAUUGGCCUUAAUUCGGCAGCAGCGCGAAGAGGCGGCCGCCAAGAGGGAGGCAGAAAAGAAGGCAGCCGAUGUGGGCACCAAAAAGCCAGGUGCCAAGUAGAGAAUCCAUCCUAUAUAUAUACCUUUCCCCCGGAAAUAGAGCACUCAUCAUAUGCAAUAAAAAGAAAUUCCCCGUUAUGAGAAAAAUACGACAGGGCUACAUGGCAAUUAGUUAAGCAUAAAAUUAACGUAAAUCGAGGACACUGAACUUAAAUACAUUCAAAAUUAAUCAAAUUUUCUAAGCCUAUCUUUUGUAACUGCAAAUUACACAAAAUAAACACAACUUAUUGUAAAAAUCGAAAAA